AUGGAUCCCUCCAACCCCGCCGUCUCCGCAACCUUUGGGGAAGCGAAAUACAUCGAAUUCCCCUGUCUUCCAGAGGGGACGAAGCAUGAGGAUGGAACACCUGCACUGAAUCGCUACUCUGCAACCAUCACUAGAGGCCAUGACUUCCCUGGCGCUAAGGCAAUGCUCUAUGCAGCAGGUGUUCCCGACCAAAACGCUAUGGCAAAGAGUCCUCAGGUAGGAGUUGCAUCUGUGUGGUGGGAAGGAAAUCCGUGUAACAUGCACCUGCUGGAUAUGGGCAAGACGGUAAAGAAGGCCGUCGAGGGCCAGGGCAUGAUUGGUUGGCAAUAUAACACCAUUGGUGUUUCAGAUGCCAUCACCAUGGGCAGUGAAGGCAUGCGGUUUUCUCUCCAAACGCGUGAGAUCAUUGCAGAUAGUGUCGAGACUGUGACUUGUGCUCAGUACCACGAUGCCUGCAUUGCCAUCCCCGGAUGCGACAAGAACAUGCCUGGAGUGGUGAUGGGUAUGGCCAGGCAUAACCGGCCCUCCAUCAUGAUCUACGGCGGGACUAUUCAGAUUGGGUAUUCCAACCUCCUACGAAAGCCAAUUAACGUUUCGAGUUGCUUCGAAGCCGCUGGGGCUUACUCAUAUGAUACUUUGCGUCAACCGGACGACGGUGGAGACACCAGCAAGACCAAGGAUGAGAUCAUGGAUGAUCUUGAAAGACAUGCCUGUCCCAGCGCGGGCGCAUGUGGAGGCAUGUUCACUGCGAACACAAUGGCCACAGCUAUCGAGUCGAUGGGUCUGUCUUUGCCUGGCUCCUCUUCCACCCCCGCUACAUCUCCAUCAAAAAUGCGAGAGUGUGUCAAGGUGGCGGAAGCGAUUAAAGUUUGCAUGGAGAAGAAUAUAAGACCGCGUGAUCUUUUGACUAAGCGGUCAUUCGAAAAUGCCCUCGUCAUGACGAUGGCUCUUGGAGGAAGCACCAACGGUGUGCUCCACUUCCUUGCCAUGGCUCGGACAGCUGGCGUGGAACUUACUUUAGAUGAUAUUCAAAGGGUCAGUAACAAGAUCCCAUUCAUUGCUGACCUUUCCCCCAGUGGAAAAUACUACAUGGCGGACUUGUACGAUAUUGGCGGGGUACCGUCUGUCCAAAAGCUGUUGAUUGCAGGGGGCCUGCUUGAUGGCGAUAUUCCAACAGUUACCGGAAAGACUCUGGCCGAGAACGUGGCAUCAUUCCCAUCGUUACCGGACGAUCAGGUUAUUAUUCGUCCUUUGGACAACCCUAUUAAGGCGACUGGCCACCUUCAGAUCCUCCGUGGAAACCUAGCCCCCGGAGGCGCUGUGGCCAAGAUCACCGGCAAGGAGGGCACUAAAUUUAUAGGAAAGGCACGAGUGUUUGAUAAGGAGUAUCAACUCAAUGAUGCACUCAACCAGGGUAAAAUACCCCGAGAUGAGAAUUUAGUGAUCAUCGUCCGUUAUGAGGGCCCCAAGGGCGGACCGGGAAUGCCGGAACAGCUCAAGGCCAGCGCGGCAUUGAUGGGAGCCAAGCUUACCAACGUGGCACUGAUCACUGAUGGAAGAUACUCAGGGGCAAGUCAUGGGUUCAUCGUCGGCCAUAUCGUACCCGAAGCCGCGGUAGGAGGACCAAUCGCUGUUGUCCGCGAUGGGGACGUGGUCACAAUUAAUGCGGAAACCAACGAAAUUAGCAUGGAUGUCUCGGAUGAAGAAAUCCAGCAACGGCUGAGAGAGUGGCAACCUCCCGCACCGCACGUUACACGCGGUGUGCUGGCCAAGUAUGCUCGGCUGGUUGGUGACGCUUCCCACGGCGCAAUGACGGACCUUUUCUAG